AUGACAUCUCCUACCACAUGUGAUGCGUUGAAGCAGAUCGCCAGAGACUUCUUACGCUCCCUCAACGACCCUAAGCAGGUCAAUCUUGGUUUCGAAAAGGCUCGAAACCUUGCCACCGACGAUGUAUCAGUCACACACGACAGCUACCCGUCCACAAACGGCAUUGGGGCCUUCCUCAGCGGCUGGGCCAAGGCAAAGCAGUUCAUGCCGAAAUUUGAUAUGGAGAUUAUCGAUAUGGUUGCUGAAGUUGACGCUGGCGGGGCAGGCGGAAGAGUUUGGGUGUUCUCUAAGAUCUCGGGCGGGAAGGGAGGCGAGGAGCGUGAUAGUGUUGAUAUGAUGUGUAUUGAUGCCACGGGAAAGAUUUCUAAGAGCAAGGAUGUUCAGCGUGUUACAGUUACUGGAGAGGUUUAG